UAUAAAUAGGUCGUUUGAUUUUCCAUGAAACAACAAAGGAACCUGCCUGCAGGGAGAGGGAACACUCCAACGUCGUGAUGCUGCAAAGUUUGAUAUAUAAAAAAAAAUGAUGCACAGGCUGAUGAAUUGUUUAGUUUAUAGUACUACUCUCGUGAGACGUCGAGCUGGGUUUGGAAAUCGGAGUCGAGGUUGCCGGUUUCAGCUAGGUCGUCGUCUCCCAUAUUCUCACCACCUUCUUGUUCCUGGAGCCUCCUCCUCACCAGCUCUGUCCAAGCGUUGAUCCUGUGCAGAAGCAGCUGCAGGUGCAGCCGCGAAGAGCUAUGGGCAACGAAUUCGACUACCUGUUCAAGCUGCUCCUGAUCGGCGACUCCUCCGUCGGCAAGUCCUGCUUCCUCCUCCGAUUCGCGGACGACUCCUAUGUCGACAGCUACAUCAGCACGAUCGGCGUCGACUUCAAGAUUCGCACGAUCGAGAUGGACGGGAAGACCAUCAAGCUGCAGAUUUGGGACACAGCAGGACAGGAGAGAUUCAGAACCAUCACCAGCAGCUACUACCGGGGAGCUCAUGGGAUAAUUAUCGUCUAUGACAUUACGGAUAUGGAGAGCUUCAACAAUGUGAAGGAGUGGAUGAGCGAGAUCGACAAGUAUGCCAAUGACAGCGUAUGCAAGCUUCUUGUUGGUAACAAGUGUGAUCUGGCAGAGAGCAGGGUUGUUGAAACUGCAGUAGCACAGGCUUAUGCUGAUGAGAUGGGCAUUCCGUUCCUCGAAACAAGUGCUAAGGACUCGAUCAAUGUUGAAGAGGCUUUCUUAGCAAUGUGUGCCGCAAUCAAGAAGCAAAAAUCUGGGAGCCAGGCAGGCCUGGAGAGAAAGGCAUCCAAUCUAGUUCAGAUGAAAGGCCAGCCAAUUCAGCAGCAGCAGCAGAUGCAGAAGAGCAGCUGCUGUUCAUCAUGAUGGUGCAAUGAUCUGGGGGGAUCUUCCACGACUUGGGAUGAACAUGGCAUAUUUGCUAAAUGUGUGCCUCUGCCUUCUUAGAUUUGUAACACUUCAGUUACUGUCUUGCAACGUCUGUUGAAAUGGAGUCAAGAACCUAAUUUCCUAGUUUGGAUGAUCCUCUAAUCAAACACUGCAUCUGGAAAGUUGUACCAUAUUAAACAGAUACAUGUAAUGUAGUAAGAUUUCAGUCUGAGAGGUUGAUUUACAUAUUCAGAAUAAUCCAGACUCAAAUUCAAGACAUUCUUUUUUUCUACAACAUGAACAUGCACAAAGCUUAUAAGAGGUCCUUUCACUGUAGCCUU